GGAUAGAGAGGAGAGUGUAGUCGGUGUUGUGGAGUGUCAGUCAGUCUCCUCCUCCUCCUCAUGUCUCCAUCAGAUGAUUUGCAGCCUCCCCCAGUGAUGGAGCCGGACACAAAGUGACCCCGCACCGCUCUCUGCUGUCACACAACCGCUCACCAUCACAACGCCCGCACAGGACUUCGGAGGAGAUGCAGGAGGAGCGGGAGGGUGACAAGCCGGAGGAUGAACCGGGGGAUGAUAAACAAGAGCCGGCCAAGGAGGAGGAGGAGACGGAGGACGAUAAGCAGUCAGGGGCAGUGUGUGCCGGAGCAUCUUCUCUCCAAGACACCAGGACCGACUCGGACAGUGUAGAGAGCAGCGAUACCCCGAGCCCUCCGACCUGCAAGAUCUGCUUCCAGGGGCCUGAGCAGGGUGAAUUACUUAAUCCAUGUCGAUGUAAUGGGUCUGUAAGGUACACUCAUCAACUCUGCCUUUUAAAAUGGAUUAGUGAAAGAGGAUCGUGGACCUGUGAACUAUGCUGCUACAGAUACCAAGUCAUAGCUAUUAAAAUGAAGAAACCUUGUCAGUGGCAGCGCAUUACAGUAACACUGGUGGAAAAGGUUCAAAUGAUUGCUGUCAUACUUGGAUCGUUAUUCCUAGUAUCUAGUGUCACAUGGUUAUUGUGGUCUGCAUUUAGCCCUUAUGCAGUUUGGCAAAGAAGAGACAUCCUUUUCCAGAUCUGCUAUGGAAUGUAUGGUUUUAUGGAUCUAGUGUGUAUAGGUCUAAUUAUCCAUGAAGGAGCUGCUGUUUAUAAGGUUUUUAGGAGGUGGAGAGCAGUGAACUUGCACUGGGAUGUACUGAACUAUGACAAAGCAACAGAUAUAGAAGAGAGCAGUCGUGCAGUGCCUUCAAGCAGUAGGACAUUAUGGUUGCCAUUGACUGCAUUCCGCUCCCGGACAUUGGUUCACCAAACACAGUUAAGCUCUCCUCGAUUGCAAUGUGGAUAUGUAUUGCUACAUUUGUUCAGCCGGAUGAGAACUCCUCCAGAAGAGUCCAUAGAGGACAGUAAUUCUGGUGAGGUUGUAAUGAGAGUGACUUCAGUAUGAGGUGGGAGAAAGGCUCUUCUAAAAAGACAAAAAACAUUCCUCCAGGUGUGGGCAGUAUUUUUUAAUGUUGGUGCA